UAGUACCCAGUAAUGGCUUUGCUAAUGCACAGCAAUAACAAACAGCUUAAGGGGGGGCUGCGAGAAACCCGGAGAGGGGAUUUGGCCGAGGGCCUAUAGGGAGAGGCCAAGGGGGAUGGCUUGAACCUGCUCGAGGGGAGACUGGGGUGAGCUCUGAGGCUGGAGCCUGCUCCCAUCGUGCGAGUCUGAAACCGGCGUUCAGGAUAAACGUGGACUGCGUGAACUAAGCCAGGGAAACCAUCUCCACGGCAACCUCAGAACUCCAGGCUCUGCCUCAGAGCUGCUCUCCCAUCCCCAGGACCAGGCUGGGCAGGAUGAGGCCUCUGGGUGCUCUGUUUCUGGCUGCUCUCCUGACUGGCGCCACAGCCCCUUGGCCAGAUGAACCUUCCAGGACCUGCUUCUUCCAGAUGCUCAGCGGUGGGGACAGCUUCUUCUGCAGGGGCGAUUUGGAGGUCAUUUACCCCGAGCUGGGUGACGUGAGCUGCUCGUACAUCCCCAAGUGCCACCAGUACCGGGAGCGGAUCAGCAGGGAAUGGGGCAGCCCCCGUGUCCGGUACCCGCAGGCUGACAAGAACAAGAAGUACGUGCUGAUGCUGGUGGACCCCGACGUUCCCAGCAGAGCCAACCCCAGGAGCCGCUACUGGAGGCACUGGUUGGUCACCGACAUCCCAGGUGCGAAUCUGAGGACUGGGGACAUCAAAGGGCACGUGCUGACUGAUUACGUCCGUCCCACGCCACCUCCCCGCAGUGGGUACCACCGGUACCAGCUCCUCCUGCACGAGCAGCCAGCACAUGAGGCCAUCACCCUGAGCCCUGAGGAGCGCAUCUCACUGGGUUCCUGGGCGAUGGAGAGCUUCGUGAAGCAGUUCCGGCUGGGAACACCGGUGGCCUCCACACAAUUCCUCACCAAAAACCACCAGGAUUAGCUCUGCCCUUUGUGCCCUUCCCUGUGCAGCUGCAUCCCGGAGCCACAUCUGGGACUCACCAAGGAUGCGCCCACCCUUCUCCCAGCCCCUCCGCUUCCCAAACCCAGGAGAGCCUCCUCAUCCCCUCUGAAGGUCACAUCCCAUCCGUGUCCUGGCUCCCUGGGUGUCCCGGGAAGGCUGCAUCCCCCUCUCCCAACACCCCAUUUCUGGCCUGACCCCCAGCAUGUCCCUCCUGCCCCUUGGGGGUCUUACACCUUAAUGCCUGCAGCUUCCAGAAUAAACCAUGAGUGGAUGG